CACACGAUCGGUGUUUUCAUCCGUUGGCAUCUUGUUGAAAUGCCAUCCCGGCUGAGUUUAUAAAGGGGCAUCGACAACGAUGAUAAAUAAAAGAGUCCCGACAUCUGUUCGAGCCGGACGGAAGGGCUGCUCCCCGCUCGGACCGGCCGGAUCGUUGAUUGACGGACGGUUCAUUGGUAACGAUCUCCAAGAUUUCAUUUUUGCCAGAAGGUUCUUCGAGCGGCGAACGGGGGGGACGCCAGCCUGAGAAUCUGGAGAGACGAUUAUUUUGAGUUGUCCAGGUUCAUUCCUUCCUCAAGGCUGGAGCUGUUUCUGCGGCAACCCUCACAAAUUAUAGGUCGCAGCCAAAGGAAGAUUUCUGGAGUGGAGAUUGUCGUUUGCCGAGAAAGAUGGUCGGUCUCAAGCCCUCCGAGAUCCCACCGUCGGCACCCAUCAAAUUCCUCAGCGCUGGCACAGCCGCCUGCAUUGCUGACCUCUGCACCUUUCCCUUGGACACAGCCAAAGUCCGGCUCCAGAUUCAGGGGGAAUCGAGGACUUGCAAGGCAAGCAGACAAGUGAAAUAUAAGGGCGUCCUGGGUACCAUCACCACCAUGGUGAAGAUGGAAGGGCCCAAGAGUCUCUACAACGGGUUGGUAGCCGGUCUUCAGCGCCAGAUGAGCUUCGCCUCGGUCCGGAUCGGGCUCUACGACUCGGUGAAGGAGCUCUACACGCCUAAGGGCUCCGAGCAUACCAGCAUUUUCACCCGCCUCCUUGCCGGCUGUACCACCGGCGCCAUGGCAGUGACGUGCGCCCAACCUACGGACGUGGUGAAAGUCCGUUUCCAAGCCCACAUCCAGCUGGUGGGGACUCCCAAGAGGUACAACGGGACCGUAGAUGCCUAUCGAACGAUCGCCCGGGAAGAAGGGGUCCGAGGACUCUGGAAAGGGACGUUUCCCAACAUCACUCGCAAUGCCAUUGUCAACUGUGGGGAGAUGGUGACCUAUGACCUCAUCAAGGAAAUCCUGCUGAAGUAUCACCUGAUGACAGACAAUUUCCCGUGCCACUUUGUCGCUGCGUUCGGAGCCGGUUUCUGCGCGACGGUGGUGGCGUCUCCAGUGGACGUGGUCAAAACACGGUACAUGAACUCCCGUGCCGGACAAUACAAGAACGCCUUGAGCUGCAUGUUGACCAUGGUGGUGAAGGAAGGACCAAACGCUUUCUACAAAGGCUUCAUCCCUUCUUUCUUACGGCUGGGGUCCUGGAACGUGGUGAUGUUUGUGUCUUACGAGCAGCUGAAAAGGUUGAUGGUUUUGGCCCAGGUUUCUUGGGGAGCCCCCUUCUGAAGUUCGGCGUCACCUCCGGCAGACUUGAUCCGAUUUGGGGCAACAGUCUCUCCUUGAAGAGAGACACGGAAAGGAGAGAUUUUAACCAAAGGACUUUCUGCAAACAGUUCUUGCUGUGAUGGCAAGCAUACUUAUCAAUUAUAUUAAUUGCUACGAAUGCUGUGCCCUGUAAGGCAUGAAUAGAAUAGAAUGACAGAGUGGGAAGGGACCCUUGGAGGUCUUCUAGUCCAACCCCCUGCUUAGGCAGGAAACCCUACACCAUUUCAGACAAAUGGUUGCCCAAUCUCUUCUUUAAAACUUCCAUGAGACUUCAGGCACUGCAAGAAAACUUAUUAUCCUAUAAACAAGCCACAACUGGACAUAGAUUGCGUAUCCUUGCCACCCCAGAUGUGGAUCACAUAUCACGCGAAUGGAUUCCGAGAGGUAAGGAUCGUAAAAUGCCACAAAACCACCCGAUCCCUAGCUUGAUCCGUGUUUCUGAAACAUGUUAAAGCAGUGUUUUUGAAAGUUGGCCGCUGGAAGACGGGCGGACUUCAACUCCCAGAAUUCCCUGUCGUAAAAGCAUUCUGGCUAGGGAAUUCUGGGAGUUGAAGUCCACAAGUUGCCAAGGUGG